AUGAUUUACGUGCAUCGCCCUGUAUAUGAUAUAGAAUAUGUAUAUAGAACUUCUGGAAAUAUAACCUAUAUUAAUUUUCCAACCGAAGACAACUUAAUAUUGAUAUACAGCCAAAUGCUAGAACAACACCUGAUGAAUCCUAUCAACAAAUUUAACUUAGCGCUGACAAAAAUUGCAGAAUCAUUAUUAAAUGCAGCAUUGUACUGUCACCACAAAAUUUCAACAACAUUCCUACCAACAGCAGUCAAAUUUCAUUACGUAUUUAAUCUGCGUGAUCUCUCAAACAUCUUUCAAGGCAUACUGUUUGCACACGGUGAGACUGUUCCGACUGGAAAUCAUUUGAUCAGAUUGUACGUUCACGAAGCAACAAGAGUGUAUUCGGAUAAAUUAAUCAAUGCUGAAGAUGUAAAAGCCUUUCAGCAAUUGCUGAAGGAGUCGCUUCGCAAAAAUAUUUCUGAAAUCGACGAAAAUAUUGUCUUUGCUGGACCAAUAAUAUAUUGUCAUUUUGCGGAAGGAAUCGGUGAACCAAAAUAUAUGCCAAUAAAAGAUUGGCAACAAUUGACCAAGUUACUAGAUGAAGCUCUGGUUAAUUAUAACGAACUGGUAGCGGCAAUGAAUCUGGUUUUAUUCGAAGAUGCUAUGUACCAGGUUUGUCAAAUAAAUCGCAUUCUGGAGUCACCAAGAGGAAACGCAUUGCUUGUUGGUGUUGGAGGAAGCGGAAAGCAAUCUCUUUCUAGCCUUGCGUCUUUCAUUGCAGGUUUAGAGGUUUUUCAGAUACAAUUACGAACAGGUUAUUCGAUGACUGAUUUAAGAGGCGAUUUAUCAGGUUUAUAUCUGAAAUCUGGAUUGAAAGGAAUCGGAAUAACUUUCGUGAUGACUGAUUCUCAUAUCGCCGAUGAAAAAUUUCUGGUACUUAUAAACGAUAUGCUCGCCUUCGGCGAAAUCUCCGAAUUAUUCGCCGAUGAUGAGGUAGAUAAUAUCGUGAACGCCUUAAGAACUGAGGUAAAACAAACCGGCAUGAUGGACACCAAAGAAAAUUGUUGGAAAUUUUUCAUCAAUCGAGUUCGAAAUUUGUUAAAAUGCAUUCUUUGCUUUUCUCCCGUUGGUGCAACAUUACGAAACAGGGCUAGACAGUUUCCAGCAAUCGUAAACAACACUUCGAUCAAUUGGUUUCAAAGCUGGCCACAGGAUGCUUUGAGAUCCGUUUCCACCAGGUUCUUAGAAGAAUUAGAAGACCUUCCAAAAAAAUACAAGCCAUCAGCUUCUUUGUUCAUGUCAUACGUGCAUACUAGCGUUAAUGAUAUAUCUUCGCUUUAUUUACAAAACGAGAGAAGAUACAACUACACGACUCCAAAAACGUUUUUGGAGCAAAUUUCUUUGUACUCGAAGUUGCUUGUGGAAAGAACCUACGACGUAAAAGCGAUGAUAGAGAGAUUGAAAAACGGCCUGGAAAAGCUGGAAUCUUGCGCUGGCCAAGUAAGCGAAUUAAGAGUGGUGUUAGCAGCCCAAGAAAUCGAAUUAAAAAAGAAGAAUGAAAUUGCAGAUAAAAUUCUUGCCGAAGUCCGAGCAGAGAAUACUAAAGCCGAAGGGGAAAAAGCUAUUGUGUCCGAGGAAGAGGCAAAGGUAGCUGAAAUAAAAGAAACAGUAGCAGAGAGACAAAGGAGAUGCGACGAGGAUUUAGCAAAAGCAGAGCCUGCAGUUCGACAAGCUGAAGCUGCUCUUGACACAUUAAAUAAAAACAACUUGACAGAACUAAAAUCCUUUGGAACGCCACCGGAACAAGUAGCGAUGGUGGCACAAGCUGUUUUAGUUUUAUUUUCCCCCAGAGGUCAAAUUCCAAAAGAUAGAAGUUGGAAAGCGUGCAAAGCGAUGAUGGGACAUGUUGACACAUUCCUCUCGCAACUUCGAAAUUACGACAAAGAGAACAUUCAUCCUGAAGUAGUCAAGGCUAUCCAACCUUAUAUCAACAACAAAGGUGGGCAGUAAUUCAUAAAUUUUAAUACACUACUAUUUUACAAUUCAGUAAAAUUGUAAAAUUGAGUAAUUUACAAUCAGUAAAAUUAAUGAAGUCAAUAAAAUUAAUAUACAAUAGAACUUCGUUUAUCCAAACAAAUGAAUCCUGAGCCUCCAUUAUCCGAGCUAGGCUCAAGAGUAACCUCGUAAUAUGUGCAAUCGGA